AUGCAGCGAAACCAGCAGAUGUCAGAUUCAAUCCUCACAAAGGGAGGCGUUUUCUUUGCACCAGCCCCGGGCACCCGCUGCGGGCCCCAGGACACAGGAUGGUGCAUCGUGGACCUCUGCUUUGGCCGAGCACAGUGGGUCACGACUGCCCCCAAAGCUGCAGCCCCCCAGGCCAACUGCUUUCUCCACAAGAUCGGCUCCAACUCCUUCACCGUCACCCCCCGGGGGUUGCCCCCCGGCAGCCGCCUCCCCGAGUCCGGUGCCGUCCCUGCCGGCCGCCCUGCACCACCCAAGGGGCCGCCAGUGCCAUCCGCCAGCCCUUCCCAUGCCAGAGCCAACGCCAGGAGGCCAAAGCCGGAGGAGGCCGAAGCGGCCGUGUCCCCCCCGCCCAGUGCCAGUCUGGCCCCCAGUGCCACCGGCUCCACUCAGCCGCUCUCCGCCUCUGCCCCCCGGGCCGGGGGCUCCUUUGAAAUCCACCCGGCCCCCAAGCCCGACUUGGCUGCCAUCCCAGCCCACGACCUGCAGGCCCAAACCCUGGCCAAGCUACGCCUGAAUUCACGCAAUUCCUUCGUCUUUGUGCCCCGCCGGGAGGGGAGCCAGGCUCUGCCCCCCACCCAGAGCGCCAGGCCGGGGCCACCGCCACCGCCCUCGGAGGAGAAGGCACCCAAGGAGCCCCCGAGGGCUUCCACCCCAGAGCAGGAGGAGCCCAUCGCUUCCCCGCCGGCGCCUCUGGAACCCUCGGUACCUGUGACUUUCAUCGAUGACAUUGUGGAGCCGGAGAGCGGGGAGCUUUCCCCCAGGUCCCGCUCGGCUGCGAGGACGGGGAGCUUGGCGGGUCAGCCUGGAGGAGCCAGCCCUGAUGUGGAGAUGGAGGUUUCCUCCGUGCCCCUCUACAGACCCCACUCUGUCCCCCAUCAGAGGGGAGGCAACACCUUCACUGUCGUGCCCAAAAGCAAGCCCGUUGCCUCGGGGCUGCAGACUCUUGCUGAUGCCAGUGGAAGGCCACAGCGGGAGGAAGAGGAGGAGGAGAGCAAAGGCAAAGCUGUGGAGAACGCCGAUGGGCCCCAAGCGGGGGUGUCCCAUAAAAAGCGCUACCCCACUGUGAACGAGAUCGAAGUCAUCGGGGGAUACCUGUCCCUGGAGAGGUCCUGCAUGAGCAAGACGGGCUCCCGCCGCAAGAAGAUGAAGAUCUCUUUCAAUGAGACAAGUUUGCAGACUAUGUUUGAGUACCCGUCAGAGAGCUCACUGGCAGAAGAGGAUGAGGAGGAAGAGGAUGGACAUGCCUCUGAAACAGAGGAGGACAAGUCUUGCACCUUUUACAUUCCACGCCCAAAUAGCACUUUGCAUCCCAGUACACCGAACUCAGCAGAUUUAUCCAGCUACACCCCAAAGCACUCCGUGAAGUUCAGCGAGUGGCAGGAGCAGAAGUAUGAGGAGAUACCUGCUGCAGAGGGAGCCCUCCCAAAGGAAGCUGAUGCCCAUGGGAGCCAAGUCAUGCUCACCCCGGCAGAGAAGGGCGGACUCUCGGAUUUCAGCAGCGAGCCCGCUCUAGAUGAUGAAUGUCUACUCAAGGUGACACCAGUCUGUGAACUGAAAAUGCCCUGCAUGAAGAUCUCUUUCAAUGAGACAAGUUUGCAGACUAUGUUUGAGUACCCGUCAGAGAGCUCACUGGCAGAAGAGGAUGAGGAGGAAGAGGAUGGACAUGCCUCUGAAACAGAGGAGGACAAGUCUUGCACCUUUUACAUUCCACGCCCAAAUAGCACUUUGCAUCCCAGUACACCGAACUCAGCAGAUUUAUCCAGCUACACCCCAAAGCACUCCGUGAAGUUCAGCGAGUGGCAGGAGCAGAAGUAUGAGGAGAUACCUGCUGCAGAGGGAGCCCUCCCAAAGGAAGCUGAUGCCCAUGGGAGCCAAGUCAUGCUCACCCCGGCAGAGAAGGGCGGACUCUCGGAUUUCAGCAGCGAGCCCGCUCUGUAUUUCUGAUGGCUUCAUCUCCUGCCCUGCAGCAGCGGCUGCUGGAGGGAACGUGUCAGCACACCAGCCCAACGACCUUCUGGGUCCCUCCUCUCACUGUGGUUUUCGCUGGAUCCCGAUGCCAAGGGUGGACUAGAUGCUGUCAGACACCUUCGGAGAAUAUUUGCACUGGAUUCUGGGACCUAACUACUACUUUUAAGUCGUAUGAUUUAUUCUACCUGUGGCCUUGCAUAUUCCUUGUUCAAGAUCGGCUGCCGAUGAGGCAGAGCAUCUUAAGAGCAGAUCUGUAGUCCCGGGAUGGAUGUGGAUUCUCCCAGUGUUUAUCUGAGUCCACACAUCCUGGCACUGUAUGGAGCCUGGACGACUUUUGUGACACCUCUCCCAUGGGAGGCCCCAGUGAAGAACAGAGUUGGGGCACUGGGAGCUCCAACUUCUGGAGUUGGAGCACUGGGAGCAUGUGGGCAGUUAGCUGGAGUCACAGGGGCGGCUGUGAUUUGGCAGCUGGAUUGGGUGUCAGUUUGGAAAACUAUUGAAGGUUCAUGGUUUGUUCUUGGCACGUUUCUGGGUCUAGUUUCACUGAACCAUCGUGGGAUUCACGUGCCAGUUCUGCUGCUGUGAAGGAACCUGAACACAGCGUGAGGGAUGGGAAGUGGAAUGAAUGCCUUUGGCUUUAGGGGUCAGUUUUGCACUGAUCUGUACAGAAGUGUCCACACUGGCCUGAGCCUCUUGAAGAUUCCCAAACAUUGGCCAUAGCUUUGACCUGUCUGUACCCAGCUCUGGCCUCCAGUCUCUAGGAACUGGUGAUUGUGCUCCAGUUUGUCAGUGCCUCUGGUUGCUUUGUCCAGCAUCUAAUGGGGCCAGAUUUAACUCCCUUGGUCGGGGGGGAGGUUCCCUUCGAGCCAUGCUUCCUCUGCUCCUCUAAUGCAAAGCACAGGAGGGCGAUUCACCUGCUUUCUUCUGCAGAACUUGAACAAGGAAUAUGUUUUGUUUUUUUUUUUUUCUAGGAUUUUUAUAGUUCUAUUGUAAUUGUUUAAUGCAGCCAAUAUGCAAAGGAAUCUGCUAGACUCUUCCAUUUCAGUUUUCUACUACUGUAAACUCAGGGUCAAACUUGCACUCUGGCAGAGAUGGAACACUGCUGCUAAUGUGAUUUGUACUUCUGGGAUUAAAAGAGAUGCGGUUGGAAUAGAUACGGCCUCUUUGGGCUUUAUGAAAUGAGUGGGACCCCAGCGUGUGGCUCCAUCCAAAGGAACAGGCUGGUAUCUUUGAUUAAAGUUGACAGGUUUAUUGGUUUGUCUGUUCUAUAGAGAUGAUGAAUGUCUACUCAAGGUGACACCAGUCUGUGAACUGAAAAUGCCCUGCGUACCUUGCACUUGUUUUGGUGUAUAUUGUAGCAGCAGGAGGAAGGCUGUUAUGCUGAAAAAUACGGUCAGGACUAAAUGUUAGGACAUACCUACUUCUAGCUGUUCUCCUCUUCUGCCCUCGGUGCCUAAAUGUUCCUGGAAAAAUUAUGAAAAAAAAAAAAAAAAAAAA